AUGUCGUCGAACGGUGCAACUAAGCCACCGACUAUUGAAUUGACCGAGCUCGAGUCUGCAUUGCGACAGCUCCUCUUAGAUACUGCAGCAUAUAUUGAUCAAUCAUCUCCAGGAGAUGCUGCGUCUUCGACGGUGAAGCUCCCUGAAGAGCUUGCGAAAGCAAAGCUUGAGCUUCGUUGGACAGGAGGCUGGGUUCGCGACAAACUGCUCGGUGUAGGUAGCAAAGAUAUCGAUAUCGCCAUCAACAAGAUGACAGGCGAGCAGUUUGGUCUGAAAAUGCAGGAGUAUCUACAGAUUCCUGGUAAUGCUAGCAAAUACGAGAACGUCGGCAAAGUAGGACUUCACAAGAUAGAAGCUAAUCCUGAGAGAUCGAAGCAUCUUGAAACCAUAACUACAAAAGUUUUUGGCCUGGAGAUUGACCUGGUUAACCUUCGGAAGGAGACGUACACCAACGACAGUCGGAACCCUCAAAUAGAAUUUGGUACGCCUGAAGAAGAUGCUCUCCGUCGCGACGCUACAGUAAAUGCGAUGUUCUACAACCUCGAGACAUCCACCAUCGAGGACUUUACCGGACGAGGGCUCAAAGAUAUGCAACUCAAAAUCAUCAGGACUCCACUAGAUCCAUACCAGACGUUCAAGGAUGAUCCGCUCCGUGUCCUGAGAUUGAUUAGAUUUGCCAGUAGGCUGGGGUACACCAUCGACGAGGACGCACAGGCGGCCAUGCGUAAUGACGAGAUCAAGACAGACUUCAAAGUCAAGAUCACCCGUGAGCGUGUUGGUAUAGAGUUCGAGAAAAUGCUGAAGGGGCCAGACCCCUGCGAAGCUCUCUCCUUGAUCGAUAAACUUGGUCUUUACAAUACAGUCUUUGAUGACCCUACACAGAAGCAUGACUUUUUGCCUGAGGUUGCGCGUCUCCCCCUUGCGUACCGCUUCGUAUCGAAGCUACUCCGAGCAGACAGGACCGAUUCUGCCUCCUUGGCAACAGUGCUACCAAUACUCAUUCGGAACGUUGAGGACAGGUACUUGGCUUGGGUUCUCAGUUCCCUGGUACCUUACGCAGACGCCCCAGUUAUCACUACCGGCAAGGGUAAACCCCAACAACUUGCAGCAGUAAUGGCGCGAGAAGGCGUCAAAGCACCAAAUCGAUAUAGCGAUAUUGUCGCUGCAGCUGCGCGCAAUUUUGGAGACAUUAAGAAUGUCAAGGACCAGUUUUGCAGACAGAAGAAAUUGUCGAAGAAGAAUGCAGAAGACGGUGAUGCUACUGGACGUGAUACUCUUGGGAUGGCUAUACGUCAAUGGGGUUCAAGCUGGAGACAACAGACCCUCUAUGCACUGAUGCAUGAGAUAGUCAAUGCACCAGAUUCAGAAGACUUGAUUGUAUCCUCCUACGCAGAAUUUCUCGCACAUAUCUCAGAUCUCGGCAUCAUUGAAGCAUACACAUUCAAACCUCUCAUAGAUGGAAACGCAAUUGCCAAAGCGCUUUCUGCAAAACCCGGACCUUGGAUGAAAGAGGCGCUGGAAGUAGUUAUGGCAUGGCAACUUCUGCAUCCAGAUCUCACAGAUCCUUCCCUGGCCAUUGAAGCAUUAAAACCGGAACUCAAAGUACGCGUUGCUGCAAGUCUUACUACAACGUCACAAAGUGAGCUUCCCUUCCGCCUCGCCCACCAUUUUCUCUCCUCUACCCUACGCCCGAUUUUUGCUCAAUCAAAGGAACAGAGACAACACGCACCCGUAACGGCGACCGGGCAUAAAAACACACGUGAUCUACCAAGCGCCAAAAUCUCGAUGAGCGGCAUCAUACAUACAGACAAAGCUAAAGCAUGGAAGAAGGACGCUAGCUACGUCAUCGAUUUGCUCCGCUGGUCAAUAACAAUCCUUGAUGCAAAGCGUGUCGAGAAUAAUUGGCCUCUGCUCCUGCCCCCAGUCAUGACUUUACUCGAUGACCUUGAUGUUAGCUGGAAGGCAAAAGGCGUCACUCUUCUGAAGAUAUUGUUACAACGUACAACCCCAGAACUACUAUCUCGAACUGGCCUCGGUGAUAUAUUUGAGAAAGAGCUUUUCCCUCUGUUCACAUACCUCCCAUCACUCACCCCUGAAAACGAAAGCAUUGAAUUGCUGAAAGCAACUUUCCCAACCCUGAUUACCCUUGCAAAUAUUCAAUAUCCCAGUUCGAAUGUACAGUCUCCCAGGUCAGUCGUUUGCGUUAAACGAGAAAAAUUUAUUGAUGCCAUCAUUCGAAAAGGAAUUCUGGCACCAUACUAUCACGCGGGUGAAAAUGUGCAAAUUGCUGAGCUUCUUCUGACAGAGCUCUGUCCGUUACUUGAUGCACAGGGGAUUUACUCAGUCAAGCAUCUCAAGGAUCUCAUUCCCAUGCUUGGUACCAUUCUAUCAGACCCAUUUGGUUAUGCGUACCCGCCGUUGCUUGUCAGAGCUUCUCUAGCGUUACAAGUGAUCAUGAGGAACAGCAAGCCUCGUUUGGCUUUUCAUCGAGGGGGUAUCUUAAAAGGACUGUGUGUAUGUUGGAUUCGACUGGAAGACCACGGAGGAGAAUUUGCGGAUGUUCGAGCGGAACUAAGGAACACAGCGAUAAUGCUAAGGGAGGCUAUCGAAGGCGAUAGUAUCGCGAUAGCUGAUGAGAUCAAUCGACUGCUUGCAGAGGAUAAGCGGUUGCAAGGCCUACUGAGAUAA